AUGUCCAGCUCCGAAGAUGUCGACAGUCCGCGGCGACCCGCUACCCGUCGACAGACAGGCCUUGCCGCCACGAAGCGUCAGGCUGAGCUCUUGACAACCAAGAACACUGUCAAGGCUCCUGUCAAUAAGAGUAUGGAGAGUGUUGAGGUUGCAGUCGCGAAAGACGUUGAAGUCGACCCUUCCGAGAAGCAGCAACCCAUGAAGCGCAAGAAGGCUCCUCCUGUCAACGCCUCUCCUACUGCGCCAGGACAAGUCCGCUUCCCCGCCGAGCUACCAGCCAACAUCUCCCUGAUGUUCCGCCAGUACUUCGUGGCCAAAGGCAACAACAUUGUCCCGCAGGACAUCUACUUCAUGCAAGUUCCCUGGAUCUUCAAGUUGCACGACGCCAAAAACAAGAAAGACGCCACCGAUGCUGGUUACUUCUACGGUGCCAGCGGCCAAGCUGUCCAUGUGCGCCCCUUUUCUCUGCCAUGGAUGCUUAACGAGCCCAGUGGUCGCAACUCACAGCGUCUGCUCGUCGCGUAUGACCAUCCCUUCCCGGAGCCGGCAGUUCUUUGCCGCAUCAAGAAGCACAGCAGCGAGUUCCGCAUCUGGCGCGGUGCGGAUGAUGACCCAUACGAGCAAGCUGUCGUGGUCAAGAAGCCUCUCGUCCAGACUGCUGGCAAGAAGAUCAACUACCCUGCUCCGGUUCCUACAAGCGUUCUUCCGGCCAGCGCUUUUCCGAUAACCCCAAGCCCUACCCCUCAAACCAACCUGCCGGUUUUGCCCGCCACCGCCGCCGCGAACGUUAUUGGGAAACGCAAGCGAAACUACAUUGAGUAUCCUGAUAUUGAAGAAGAUGGAAACGCAUAUGCCGACGGGGAGAUCUACCACAAUAAUCCUACUCCAGCCGACUCGUCCUUCUCAGGCAACGUCAGCUCUCGCACUUCUUCGCCUGAAGCUGAUGACCUCGCUCGCAACAUCAUCUUCCGCUUCCAUGGCAUAAUCGAUCUCGAACGCUCGCGCACUCUGCUUCAAUGCCGUACCUACAUCAAGUUCCUCACCCAUGCCAUCGCUGCUGGUGUGCUGUCUGAGAGCACCCAGAUCAUCCUCCUCAAUUGUGUUGUUCGCGGCCGCAAUGGCGGUGUCAAACGUAUGAGUAUUGUGGAUGAUGAGGACUUCGGUAACAUGGUGGGUGACAUCAUGGAUGAUCGAGGUUGGUACGUCGCGGGCGAGAAGUACUACGUGGAUGUGUCCAGGUGA